AGGAGCGCCCCCGCAUUUGACGCUCGACCACAUUGACCAAUCAACUAAACCUCAAAGCAGGGUCCGGCCCCACACUGCGAUAUCAUGACUCGUUCUGUAUUGCAGGCUGCCUCCUUCAGCAAAAACGCGAGUCGCACCCGUGUGCUGCAGGUGCUCCCCCAGUCGCUAUGGCGGCUCUUCCCCCGAGCGAAGCCAAUUCCCCUUCAUCUGUCCCGCGAGAAGAUGACAGCCAGGCCGAUGCGGGCCAACCAGCAGCGAAGAAGCGCCGCACGGCCACCACCUCGCGUGGCGUCGCAAAUCUUACCCCCGAGCAGCUCGCACGGAAGCGCGCAAAUGACCGCGAGGCCCAGCGCGCGAUUAGAGAGCGCACCAAGACGCAGAUUGACCGCUUGAAUCAGCGUAUUCGGGACCUUGAGAACCAGCAGCCGUACCAUGACCUGCAGAUUGUGCUCCGUGAGAAGGAGGCGGUCCAGGCCGAGAAUGCCGAGAUCAGGAAGCGCCUGGGGAGCGUACUGAGCAUCAUCCAGCCCAUCCUGCGCGUGACUGGUGGUCUGAAUGAACUCGCCGCAGCAGCAGAGCGCUCGCCGCUUCCUAUACCCCCACACCACCAGCACGGCGAAGUGCCAGCACCACCGGCCGGCCCUCGCCAGUUCCAUGCCAGCCUUCACGACAUCGCUGCAGCCUCACCGCAGCACGGUACACACUCGCCAGCUGAUACAGACGCCUCACGGCAAUGGCCAUACACCAGCGAUGCGCCUACCAGCCAAAUGCGCGGGUACUCCCACGACAGUCCGGCCUUCGAGCACCAGCGGCCACCUCCUCAUAUACAAGAAUCCUACGAUGAGCGUAUGGGCGUCGACUUCUUGCUCGAUCACAACCAGCAAAGACCUGUAGAUCCCAGUCUGCCACCUCCCCAGCAGAUACAGCCAAGCAAUGUAUGCAGUAACGGACAGGGGCAGUAUGCGCCAAAUCUGGUGCCAUACCUCACACUGCCACGGAACAUAGCUCCCACAUGUACAUUAGACGCCAUCCUGUUGGAGUUUCUGCAGGACCGGCAAGCACGAGCAGCGGAGGGCGUACCUGUAAAGGCGCUGGUUGGUCCGCUGUACCCGAACUUCACAUUGCUGGUCUACCCAGAUCGCGUUAUCGAUGCACAUCCGCUAUCAAAGCUGUUCACCGACAUCUUGCGAACAUUCCCCGACAUCUGUGGCUGGCCUGAGCAGGUAGCCAUUGUGUACAUCAUGUUCCUCGUUAUGCGCUGGCAGAUUGAGCCUACGCAAGAGAACUACGACAGACUACCUCACUGGGUGACACCACGUGCUAGUCAGUUGUUCACCGCCCAUCCAUGCUGGUUUGACCACCUACCUUGGCCGCGCCUCCGUGACAGGCUCUGCGCCCAUCAACCAUUUAUAUCCUUCGACACAUUCUUCAUUCCCUUCACCACCACCGUGUCUCUUAACUGGUCUUAUGAAGCACGAGACGUCCUCCUGCCCGCCUCGAAGGUCCAUUCCAACACCCUAUCCACUAGCUCUUCUUCGGUUCAUGCAUCAUCUCCCUUCUCGACGCACGUCAACGCCGGCAGUCCAGCUGGACCGCAUACACCGCAAGCUGCUGGUACGCCGGUCAGCCUGCCGUUGAGCAUGAACACGCUGCCGAAGGAGGAUGAUCAGUGGCUGAUCAAUCCAGCGUUUGAAACUCAUCUGAGGAAUCUGAACAACUGGUCACUAGGACCGAGUUUCAGGGGGAGUUUCCCGCAGCUGGCUGAUGCUGUUAAGAUCAAGGAAGGACGGUAACGUGGGUUGUACAUAUAUGUGUAUCGUGCGCUUCGGCGUUGUAUGCUGCAAUGAAGAGGCGCACUUGGACGACUACAAGUAAUAGAGAUGUAACAGUACUGCACCAUCUGGUGUAAAUACAUUAUUGACAAUCUGCUGGUCGUCCUCGGC